GAGUACUAGUGAUGCUUUGCUGCAGCGUUACAGUUUCCGACACCUUCUUUUUAUAACUCGGCUCUGUCCCCCUUCCACUCGACCUGUCAAAACCACGCCUAUGGAGCCACACAAUUGGUCCGAAAGCGUCAAAGAGCCAAUCAAGGAGGCUCCAGCUCCCUUGUAACCCACAACACAUCCAUACAAUCUGGUGCACGCAGAGCACAGAGUCACAGGGAAUUCUCAGAGCUGAGAGGCUCCUUCUCCCUCUCUCUCUCUCUCUCUCUCUCUUUUCCUCUCUUUCUCCCUCCCCCUUUUUCUCUUCCUUUCUCUUUCCCUCUCUCUUUCUCCCUCUCUGCUUUGCUAGAGUGGAGACGAGAGUAUAAUUCUUCCAGAUUUUUUUUUAAAGCAAAGUGAAAGGGAAAGAGAGGGGGUAAAAUUAUUAAAAAAAAAAAAAGAGAGAAAAAAAAAGAAAAGAGAAGGGUGAAAGAAAGAAAGAAGAGAUCCUGAUGGAAAUCAGGGGACCCUGACCAGCUCCUGCUUGGAGAGGGGGGAAGGCGAGGCGGAAACGAGAUUUCCCUACAAGUUUUUGCUGCUGAAGGUUGCUCAGAAGCCUUCCUCGGUCGGCGAGGGGGGAAACCACUCCAGCGGGACUACUCCAGCAGUAGGAAGACCGAGGAGUGGAGUGGAUGAAUAUACCGAUGAGAGAUCCAGUGAUCCCUGGGACAAGCAUGGCUUAUCAUCCUUUUUUACCUCACCGGGCACCGGACUUUGCCAUGAGCGCUGUGCUGGGACAUCAGCCUCCCUUCUUCCCCGCUCUGGCUUUGCCUCCCAACGGGGCAGCUGCCCUCUCCCUUCCCGGGGCUCUGGCUAAACCCAUCAUGGAUCAGUUAGUGGGAGCUGCAGAGACUGGUAUCCCCUUUUCUUCCCUGGGUCACCAGGCAGCAGCUCAUCUGAGGCCUUUAAAAACUCUGGAGCCAGAAGAAGAGGUGGAAGAUGAUCCAAAAGUGCAUCUGGAAGCCAAAGAGCUUUGGGAGCAAUUCCAUAAAAGAGGCACGGAGAUGGUGAUUACCAAAUCGGGAAGGAGAAUGUUUCCUCCAUUUAAAGUGAGGUGCACUGGACUGGAUAAAAAGGCCAAGUACAUUUUAUUGAUGGAUAUUGUGGCGGCUGAUGAUUGUAGGUACAAAUUCCAUAAUUCCCGGUGGAUGGUAGCCGGCAAAGCUGACCCUGAAAUGCCAAAGAGAAUGUACAUCCACCCGGACAGCCCGGCCACCGGCGAACAAUGGAUGUCCAAAGUCGUCACCUUUCACAAGCUGAAGCUCACUAACAACAUCUCUGACAAGCACGGAUUUACCAUUUUAAACUCCAUGCACAAGUACCAGCCCCGCUUCCACAUCGUCCGAGCCAACGAUAUCCUCAAGCUCCCCUACAGCACGUUCAGGACCUACGUUUUCCCGGAGACUGAAUUCAUCGCAGUGACCGCAUACCAGAAUGAUAAGAUCACUCAAUUGAAAAUUGACAACAACCCCUUUGCCAAAGGUUUUCGGGACACCGGGAAUGGAAGGAGGGAGAAAAGGAAGCAGCUGACCCUGCAGUCCAUGCGGGUCUACGACGAGAGGCAGAAGAAGGAAAACCCCACUUCGGAUGAGUCCUCCAACGAGCAGACGGCCUUCAAGUGCUUCGCGCAGUCCUCCUGCCCCGCCGUGCCCGCCGUCGGCACUUCCAGCCUCAAAGAUCUCUGUCCCAGCGAGGGGGACAGCGAUGCAGACAGCAAAGACGAUCCCUUGCUAGAGUGCAGCGAGGCGGGGAAAAUCAGCACCACCACCGCCACCACCCCAGCGCCGGCAAGCUCCGCCGCGGCCCCGGGAGACGACCCCCGGGAAAAAGGGGGCAGCCCCUCCAAAAGUCACUUUUUCCCCGGUGAUUCGGCAGGGAGUCGGAGCCGAGAGAGGACGGAGAAAGCCCCUCCGGACUCCCGGCACAGCCCGGCUACGAUUUCUUCCAGCACCCGGGGGGGAAGUUUGAGCGGCGAGGAACUGAAAAGCCCUCUCAGGGAUGGUCCUAAAGUAGAUGAGAACCGGCUGCUGGGUAAAGAACCCUUCGCCCCCCUCACGGUCCAGACCGACAGCACGGCCCACCUGAGCCAGGGACACUUGCAAAACCUCGGCUUCCCCCCUGCCCUGGCCGGCCAGCAGUUUUUCAACCCGCUGGGGAACGGGCACCCGCUGCUGCUGCACCCCGGGCAGUUCGCCAUGGGGGGGGCUUUCUCCGGCAUGGCCGCGGGCAUGGGGCCACUGCUCGCCACCGUCUCCGGGGCAUCCGCCGGGGUCUCGGGACUGGACAACACGGUCAUGGCCACGGCAGCGGCCCAGGGACUCUCGGGAGCAUCGGCGGCUGCUUUGCCUUUCCAUCUGCAGCAGCACGUCCUGGCUUCUCAGGGCUUGGCCAUGUCUCCCUUCGGAAGCCUCUUCCCUUACCCCUACACCUACAUGGCGGCUGCGGCCGCCGCCUCCAGCGCAGCCUCCAGCUCUGUGCACCGACACCCCUUCCUCAGCGCCGUGCGGCCGCGGCUCCGCUACAGCCCCUACCCACUGCCCGUCCCCCUGCCCGACGGCAGCAGCCUCCUCACCACCGCCCUGCCCGGCCUGGCCGCCGGCUCCGGCGAAGGUAAAACGGGGGGUUUAACCACCAGCCCCGGUUCCGUCCCCCUGGACUCCGCAUCGGACCUCACCAGCCGCUCCUCCACCCUCUCCUCCGGCUCGGUUUCCCUCUCCCCUAAACUGGGAGCAGACAAGGAGGCGGCCACCAGCGAACUGCAGAACAUCCAGCGCCUGGUCAGUGGGCUCGACCCCAAGCAGGACAGAUCCCGCAGCGGCUCCCCGUAACCCCCCGGCCCCCGGGAGCUCAUUUCAAAUCAGUUUCGCAGUGCACUUUGUUUGAAAGAAACCACAUCCUCCCCCCGCGAGUUGUCGUGUUGUUGUUUGUUGGGUUUUUUCGUUUGUUAUUUCUGUCGCCCCCCCACCCCCACCCCCACCCCCCGUUUAAUUUUGUUUUUUCCCCGCUUUCUAACCUUUUGUUUUUUUCUUUUUUUGAUAUAAAAUCCCCCGGCGUUGUGUGUGCUCUUGUCAACAAAAAGGUAUCUGGUGAAGUAGGGGGAGGGUGAGGGGAGGGAGAGGGUCUGGGAUGGAGGUGGGAGAGCUGGGUUGGAGGGUGCUAGGCUGGCCCAGCUUGGUGGUGUUGUGGAAUACUCCUUUUUUAAAAAAAAAAAACUAUGUAAAAAUAAAACAAAAUCAAACAAAUCACAAAACAA